GCUAUCUCUCUCACUCUAAAACCCUCUCAAUCUCUUCGCUUCUCUCCUUUCUUGCUUUCACUUCUCAAUACCCUUCUUUCCAAAUCCUCCGAUUUCAGAUUCUGCCAAGGAUUUUGAUUCUCUCCUCCGGCGAAUUCAUACUUCUCUACUACCCUCUCGGUUCAUCCAAUCCGCUUCGCUUCCAAAUCUCGUGUUUAUUGAGUUGUUUGCUAUGAAAUAUAUUCCUUUUACCUUCCGGGGUUUUCUGUAGUGGUUGUUUUAUUUUGGAACAGAGCGGAAAUUUUCUCGGGAAAAUUUGUUGGAGGGUUGUGAGGGAUGUAUAAUGUUUCUCAAGCUUCUCCCCAUGACAUGAGUCUUAUGUACUCCUCCAAUUUCAAGCACUCUGGAGAAGAAGAAACGGAGAAAACCAGAGCUGUAUUCAUGGAUUCAAAUACGAAUUACCAUCACCAGCAAAACCAGAAUCAACCACCCAACUCCGGCCUUCUGCGGUUUCGCUCGGCGCCGAGCUCGCUUCUCGCGAAUUUCACGGACAGUGGAGAUGGUGUUCACAAGGGAGCUAAUCUUUGUGACGAUUUUGAAUCGGAGAGGUUCAUGCCGUGUGGGGGUUUUCAAGAUUCGGCUAUGAGUUGUCAGAGUCAGUUGCCGCCGCAGUAUCCGAGGCAAAGCUCAAGUACGAGUUCGUCUGCCAUGGAUGGCUCAUAUGGGGUUGUGAAUUCCAACAACAUGGAAGCCAAACAGGGUUCGAGUCUUGUCAGGCAAAGUAGCUCUCCUGCUGGGCUUUUCUCUCACCUUUCGGGUCAGAAUGGCUAUGCCAUUAUGAGAGGUGUGGGAAACUUUAGACCUGGGAAUGUUGGUAAUGGAGAAAUCAGCCCAUCAACUAGCAGGUUGAAGCCUCAAGUUAGCUUCUCUUCUGGAUUACCUUCUUCCUUGGGACUAUUGCCUCAGAUCUCUGAAAUUGGAAGUGAGUGCAUUCAGGCAAGCAGUCCCAAUGACAGGAAACUGGCAAAUAGCAAUGGUGAUGCUCGAUUUUACACCCCUGGAUUCCCAUAUGGCUCUUGGAAUGAUUCUGCCCAUUUUGAGAACUUCAGUGGCAUGAAAAGGGACCAAGACAAUGAUGGGAAGUUGUAUUCUGGUUCAAAUACAUCUGGUAUUCGGAAUGAGGAGUUUGGACAUCGCUCUCAAAUCUUGUCCCACCACCUAAGUUUGCCAAAGACUUCAGCUGAGAUGGCUGCCAUGGAGAAGUUCCUUCAGUUCCAAGACUCUGUUCCUUGUAAGAUUCGUGCAAAGCGGGGUUGUGCUACUCAUCCAAGAAGCAUUGCUGAAAGGGUAAGGAGAACCCGGAUCAGCGAAAGAAUGAGGAAACUACAAGAGCUUGUCCCAAACAUGGACAAGCAAACCAACACUGCAGACAUGUUAGAUUUGGCCGUGGAAUACAUUAAGGACCUUCAGAAACAGUACAAUACACUUACUGAUAAUCGAGCACACUGCAAGUGUUUAGGUAAGCAGAAACCGGUCCCAAAUCAAACUGUUUGACUUGCUUCUGUACAGGAAACGAGGAAAAAGAUGAAAAGUGGAUAGAAAACAGAGCUAGCUUCUCCUUUUUGCACUAACAAUAAAGAGAAAGGACAUUUUUUUUUUAAGUGUGUGUAGUAGAAAGGCAGCUAGAAUCUCUCCACGAGAAAAUCCAGAUUCUGUAAGCAAAGGAAGCUUCCAACUACAUCAUAAAGAAGUAAAAGUGAUAAAUUUUAUACUGUAUAGGAGACGUAGCAAUAAUAAUGUAAGAGCACGUUCCUUGUGUUGUAUGUAAUUUAUCCUGUUUUCUUCAAUAAAAUCUACCUUCUCUAUCAGCAAA